UACACACACGCACAUACACACCGACGCAACACCGCGGAUAAUCUCAAUCAUCUGCUCCGCGCCGCGACUCGACUUGCACGCAAUCGUGUGUGGAAUUUAAACAUGACGUUUUGAGGAAUUGCUAUGAUAUCACCGGAGUGCGUAGCGUCUUUCGAGCGGAUAUUCGAACUGGAAGCGACAAUUGUGCCGACGAAUGCACGACGUUGAGUGUCCACCGCGGAUCAGGCUAUUGUUUCAACAAUUACCGCCACACCUCUACAAAUUGCGCAAUUUAUUUAUCAUAAAUUCCGAGCGCGCGCGUGAUUCUGAUCUGUCUCCAGCGCGUAUGAAGAUCUCGAGCGGUGAUCCUGACUGUGAUAAAUCUGAUAUUUCAUCCGCGUGUACACAUACAUUCUAUCUGGCGGUGGAAUUAUGCUGAGUUUCAGUCGCGUUUAAAUUUUUCAGAUUUGCAUAUCGCACAGAGAUAAAAGUGAAGAAUUCUCUCGUGAAAGAUCCCCUCGUGAGACUGGUUCCUUUGUACAGUGUCGACUCGCAGAGAUCCACAGAGCAGAGCUUGCUUGGAGCAAAUUUUAUAUUCUCAUGCCUUUUUGUCUGAGGAACAACACAACUACUUGCAAAAUGGAAGAAUAUUCUGCAACUGACGUGUCCGUGGUGGAUGUGUACGAUAUCGCGUCGGAAAUAGGCAAGGAAUGCGAGAAACUUAUAGACCUGUUCGGCGUGGAGUCGGUGACCAAUCUCAUGCCGAAGGUGAUAAACGCUCUGGAGUUGCUGGAGACACUUGCCACCAAGAACGAGGGUGAGAACACCAUGGUGCAGGAGUUGAGCGCCAAAAUCUCUCAGCUUGAGAGCGAUAAGAUUGGAAAGGCUGAGGAUAGACAGCGAUUUGAAAAGGAACUGGAACAAAUUGAAGAACAUUGGAAGCAAGAAUCUCGCGAAUUAGUAGCCAUGGUGACUAGAUUACAAGAGGAGAAUAGACGAUUAGCGGAGGCUCUGCAAGAAUCUCGUAGCGACAGUCAGUACAGCAGUAAACAAACAACUAUUACAGCUAGUCAGGAAGUCGAUGUGGCCGUUUUGCAGCACUUAAGAUCCAUGAUAGAUAAACAGAGGGAGCAGAUUCGUGCCAGGGACCGCGAAUUGUCCCAAAAGACUGCAGAGAUUGAAAAUUUGACCGCACAAGUGGAAAAGCUUACCGUACUUGGACGGGAGUUAAAACGUAAACAACGACAAGCGCAAAUGCAAGCUCGAGGUUUGGUAGAAGAAAGAGCUGACUUUUUGGCUCAACUGCAGGAUCAAAACCGGGAGCUUAUCAAUCUUCGGGGUCGGCUCGGCAUGGCUAAGAAAGAAAACGAGGAUCUCAGUAAAUUGCAGGGCUGUCCGGAUUUGACAAAUAAGGCCAUUUAUGACUUGGAUGAUCCUGACAGACCUAGAUUCACGAUCGCCGAACUGAAAGAAAUUUUGCACGAAAGAAACGAACUGAAAGCAAGAGUUUCCGAUCUUGAAGAUGAACUAGAGCUGUAUCGACCAAAACCUGAAACUCCGGAAGAUGACAAAGAUGCGCCUGUACAAGGACCGCUCCCUUACGAACCGGACGAUGCGCCUUGGAAAAAAUCCUCCGAGUCUGGAAUCCGUAAAUUCUUUCGAAAGAUAUUCUCCGAAUCCAGCAGCAGCUUUCUCGGCGGCAGUAGUCCCAGGCGGAGUCUUUCUAGUCUUUCGAAAAUGGCCCUAUCUAGUAGCGGUACCUGUGAUACGUCUAUAUAAUGCUAUCUGAAAAACAUGUUGGAUAAUUUUAAGUAACUUCACUCUCACAUAACUUUUUAGUUACGUGUAAUGACACUUGGAUUCCUUGGAUAUACACAUAAUUUUCCUAUAUAUCCUUGUAAGAAACAUCGUUGAUUAUUAUCCAAAUAUCUGAUUUCAUGAUAGAUGUGCAUGCAACGAGCAAACACUAAAUUUGUAUAAAUCUAUAAAAUGAGAAAAUAAGACAUGCAUGUAUAUAUACUUGUAUAGUUGUGAGAAAAGAAGAACAAUGAGUAUUUAGCUGCACGAUUUUAAUAUAUUGUGCCGUAACUUUGCUUAUUCUGUUUCCAUUUUGAAUAUUACUUUUAUCAAAAUUGACAUUCAUACAAGAUACUUGUGAUGUAUACACAUAAAAAAAAAAAAAAAAAAA